CUCUCUCUCUCUCUCUCAGUACCAGGUUUUAGAAGUAUCUGGUAUUUUAAUGAAGAAGUACAACCAUUUUGAUACUCAUUUGCUCCUCCCACUCGCCUCUGCCUGACAGAGGAGUUCACCCUGGAGCCGUUAAGAGAGAAGUUUAAACCCCUGCUGCUCAGGAGACUGCGGUUACACCGUCCCACACCUCCCCUUUGUCGUGUCUAGUUGAAGAUUUUUGGAAAAUACAGUCCAAAAGUUUUUGGUUUCUUUUUUUCUGUGUGCCAAGAGGACAGCAGAAGAUGCCUGGCAGCAUGACUCGGAAAUGCUGUGCCAUUUACACCACCGGCUUCGUCUGCGCUCAUCUCCUGACAGUGGGGAUUGCCCUGGAAAUUACUUUAACAGAGAAGAGCCAAGUUUUCGAGUCAUGGAAGAAUCCACCUCCAUCUUAUUUGGAGUAUUACUUCUUCAACGUGACCAAUCCAGAGGUGUUCAUGGCAGGUGGGAAGGCAUCUGUUAAACAGAUUGGACCUUAUACUUACAGGGUACACAGGCCACGGGAAAAUGUAACCUUCCUGGAGAAUGGCACCAAGGUUUACGCCUUGAACCCAAAGACUUUUGUCUUUGUGCCUGAGAAGUCCGUCGGAGACCCACAGGUUGACAUCGUCAGGACUGUCAACAUCCCAUUUGUGACGAUAAUGAACGAGCUGAACUCCUACUCCUUCCUCUUGCGGUCUGUGUUUGCCAUGUACAUAAACAGCCUGGAUAUCAAACUUUUCAUGACCCGCACUGUGCACGAGGUUCUGUGGGGCUUUAAAGACCCUCUUCUCACAAAACUCCACUCCAUGAAGCCUGAAGUAGAUGAAUAUUUUGGGCUUAUGUGGAAGAACAAUGGCACCCACGACGGAGAGUUUGUGUUCCACACCGGUGAGCAGAACUACUUGGAUUAUGGGAAGAUCGACACGUGGAACGGCAUGAGGGAAAUGUCGUGGUGGUCAUCCAAUCAGAGCAACAUGAUCAACGGCACUGAUGGCACAGUUUUCCACCCGCUGAUAAACAGGAACGAGUUGCUCUACAUCUUUGCUGCUGAUUUCUGCAGGUCUAUUCAUUUAGCCUAUGUGGAAGACGUGGAGGUGAAAGGGAUUCAAGCGUACCGCUUUGCACCCCCUAGUGAUGUUCUCAUGAGUCCCAAAAACAACCCCACCAACGCGGGCUUCUGUGUGCCAGCUGGUGACUGUCUCGGCACCGGGGUGCAUAAAGUCAGCGUUUGUCGAGAAGGCGCUCCCAUUGUGGUGUCCUUCCCACACUUUUAUCAGGCUGACCGUGCUUACAUCAACGCCAUUGAUGGCCUUAACCCCAACAAGGAGGAGCAUGAGACGUAUUUUGAUCUGCAGCCGAUGACAGGAGUUCCCAUUCGUGCCUGUAAGAGAGCUCAGCUCAACAUGAUUCUGAAGAGAGUCGCCGGCUUUCCCAAAACAAAGAACAUUACCGAGACCAUUUUCCCCAUCAUGUUCGUGAAUGAGAUGGCGACUAUUGAUGAUGAGCCAGCAGCCCAGAUGAGGAACAUAAUGUGGCCUGUGUAACAAGCUAUGCCUAAUUAAAGUUGUUGAUUUAUAACAAACCUAUGUCCCCUCAGUGUGCAGCAGUAGAUGUUGUUUUCAUAUGUGCUACUGCAACUACAAAGUCAAACAUAUGGUUAGAUACAUUACUCCAGUAGAGAUGACUUGCCUAUAAUCCUGUCUGCUUCUGUGUUCCCCAGGAUACAUUUGUACUUCACUUUAAAAGUAUACUUUCCAUUUUUUACUGCUAAUGUGAGGAAUUGCUGAGAUUGUAUAGAAAGUAUUGACAAAUCCUGUUGCUUAGAAAAGUUGCUGUUGCUGUCGACUGCAUUAAUUCAAAUGUUGCUCCCUUCAGGCCUCAUAAAUUAGCUAAUUAGCUCCAGUUUAGGUCCUUGGACUCUACUGCUGUCAGGGAAAAGACUGCUGGAACAGAGAGACUUCUGUUUCCCCUCUUUGAGCUCUGAUGAUGCCUAUUUAUAGAAACAAACUAAUCUGUUCCAAUGCAGUGAGUGAACUGUCUAAUGUGCGGUUUCAGUUUUCCUUCCCAGCAACACAGUCCGCUUGAAUGCAGCCAUGAAUCAGUGACAUCAGAAACCUGCCUUCAGUUCGGGACUCUGUGUUAAAAUGUACACAAGAGCCUACAUGGACCCUUUGCUGAUGGAGUAGCACCUGGUGUGCUCAUACUAAAUUAAAGCUGGUGCUAAAAGCAAGUACUUCUCCAAAGACCUUUCAGCUGAAACUAUGUACAGUCAGGUGAUGGAAAAAGCAACCACUAAACUGGAACAAAUUCUUAGCAUUUAAAAACUGUGCUGGAAUUUAAAUAUUAGCAAGUAUAUCCUUCAGUAAGACCAGUGUUGGAGCUGAUAUAGACUGUGAAUGGGUUGUUUGUCACUUUAGCUGCCUCGAGGCUGAAGACACGAUGCAUCAGCAGCAACACUGAUCAGUGAGUGGUUGGUCAUAAACAUCUUAUGCCUACAUAGAUUUAUAGCUUCAGAUAAAGGUUCACUUUUGUCACUCUGCUCUACCCAGAAGGUGUCUUUAAAGCUUUUUCUGCAUACGCCAGUCAGAUUGGGUGACAUUCAGUGGCCUGCAAAGGUCAAGUGCCAGGUCAGAGUUUCUUCUUCCUUCUCAUCUGCUGAUGAUCUGAAUUUUCUGUUGCAUACAACAAAACUGUCACCCUGACUGAUUUUUAGUAUAGUUGUUGACCUUUGAACUUUCCAGUUUGUGUGUGGCAUCAAUGUGACACUGACAGCUUUGACCUGCUGUUGGCAUUUACUAAAAUGUGUUUUUGACUUUUGUCUGUAAGUGCAGCCAAGCUACUUGUAGUUGGCAUCAGAAUAUUUUCCAUGUUUUUAUCUCAGACUUGAAGCACUGCCUGUCUGUGUCAAAGGCAGGAAAAUUCAGUCGUCUCCAGGAGAAUUAAGUCACUCAUCCCUGUCUGGAAAAUUAUAAGCACAGAAAUCUAUGAAUAAGGCCGCUUUUUUUCUUCUUUGGAAGUUAUAUAAUUUAUUUAGUUUCUGGUGCCCCCAUGGUGCAUUUAUAAGAAUUUAAAAAAUAUAUCUCCAAGAGAUAUAAGACGAGAAAUUACAAAUAAAUGAUAACUCACUAAAUUUGGGUAAAAUUAAAGACAAAAAAAGGUACUAUUACUAACUAUAUCUAUGUACAAUAAACAAAGACAGGACAGAGACAAUACGAAGUGGUCGUGUGCAAUUACAGUAAGGUGAGAUGAUUGUGCAGUAGGUAUUGAAUUGAGACAGGAUGAAGACAUGCGCAUGACACAAAAUGUGCAAAUAUAGUAUAAUUUAGAUGUGUUCAGUAACUAUGUGACUGAGUGUGCAAAUAAGCAUAUUGUUCCCAGGUCCAGUUUGUAGUAGAUUUGUGGAAGUGGCAACAUUAACUUGAAUUUAAAUAAUCUGUUAUUGUGUUUAAGUGCAUGAUUAUGGUUUAUGUAGACAAGUUGAGAGAAUUUUCAUAUUACUGAAUUAAAUUACAUGUUUUACUUUACAUAUUUUUACCAUUACCAGCAAAAACAUUCUAAUGUAGAGUGUGAUGAUGUCGGUAUUUUAUUAUUUAGAUUUUCAAUGUUGAUGUAUAAACUAUAAAAUUCAAGAGACUAUAUGUAAUGUAACUAUGUAAGUUAUGUAAGUUUAUGUUUAUCAAAAAGUUUAACAAACUGGGCAAAAGAUUUUCUCCAAAUAUGCAAUUGUUUUUCUAAAGUUGCAAAACCUGCAAUGUGUACAAAGGAAUGGAAGGGAAAUGAAAAGUGACCUCACAGUUGUCAAGUACUUAUGAGCCUUAUUCACAUUCAUCAAUUUUCUUUUGUGAGCUGAAUAAAAAUCUUAUUUGUCUGCAAA